CUCGGGAGACGCACCUUUUAGGGAUUUGGACAAUGCUACCUUGAUAGUGGGACGCCUUGGUUCUUCCCUCUGCCGUCUGCCUCUUAGCUGCAGGUCUUCUCCAAUAUUUCGGCGCUAUUACAGGGAUGACCGACGAAAAUAUUUGGCCCGGCUAGUGGCAAUCGCGGAUGGGGUAUUGUCCUUGGCCCUGUCAGUCCUCUGAGACAACAGGCUCUGCCGCAAUGGUGGCGCGUGUUUAAAUACCAGCUCAUCCCCCCAGGCCCAGGCCAUUGGAUUGAUUGCUUUGUUUUACCGUUUGACCUGAUCUUUGUUUUCUAAGCAUCAUACAUCAUGAAGUCAUUUGCCGCUCUCGUCCUCCUCGGACUCAUCAGCCCGUCUCUUGCUCUCCCCCAGCCCGAGGCCGCCAAGCGUGCUCCCGCUCCUAACCAUGCCCGUGCUGGAGAGGUUCGCAACGCUUUCCAGACUGCCUGGAAGGGUUACUACAAAUAUGCUUUCCCCCACGAUUCCCUCCUACCCCUCAGUAACGGGUUUGAGGACGACCGCAAUGCUUGGGGUCUGACUCCCUUUGAUGCGCUCUCCACUGCCAUCAUCAUGAACGAUGAGGAGAUUGUUAACCAGAUCUUGGACUUCGUUCCUUCCAUCGACUUUUCGACUACCAAGAAGGCCAACGAUACCAUUUCGCUCUUCGAAAGCACCAUCCGUUACCUUGGUGGCAUGCUUUCCAGCUACGAUCUUCUCAAAGGCCCCUACAAACGCCUUGCCCGCGAUCCCAAGAAGGUUGAUGCGCUGCUCAAGCAAGCAGCCAGCCUUGCUGACUCUCUUUCCAUCGCUUUCACCACCCCCAGUGGUAUUGCUGAUGGCUAUCUCGUCCUCAACCCCGCCCCCAAGAAGAGCGGCGCCACGACCUCCAAUCUUGCUGAGAUGGGUACCCUGAUCCUUGAGUGGACUCGCUUGUCCGACUUGACCGGUAACCCCAAGUACCGCCAGCUCGCCGAGAAGUGCGAGAACCAUCUCCUCAACCCCAAGGGCUCUCCCGAGGCCUGGCCUGGUCUGGUUGGUACCGACAUCAGCGUCGCUACUGGCGAGUUCGUCAACAGCUCUGGUGGCUGGUCUGGUGGUGCCGACAGCUUCUAUGAGUACCUCAUCAAGAUGUACUUGUACGACCCUAAGCAGUACGGCUUCUACAAGGAGCGCUGGAUCGCUGCCGCCGACUCCACCAUUGCUCACCUCGCUUCGCACCCCAGCACCCGUCCCGACCUGACCUUCCUCAGCCAAUUCAACGGCCAAAACACAUACCCCGUUACUGGUCACUUGACCUCGUUUGCCGGUGGCAACUUCAUCCUUGGUGGUCUGCUCCUUAAGGAGGACAAGUACACCAAGUUUGGCCUCGCCCUCGCCGAAUCCUACUUCCAGACCUACAACCAGACUGCCUCUGGUAUCGGACCCGAAGUCUUCCGCUGGAUUGACCAGACAAACCCUACCUCCAAGCCCCCUGCCGACCAGGCUGACUUCUACAACAAGGCUGGCUUCUGGGUUACCGGCGCCGACUACGUCCUCCGCCCUGAGACCAUUGAGAGUCUGUACUACGCUUACCGUGCUACUGGUGACAAGAAGUACCAGGAUCUUGCCUACCAGUGCUUCAAGGCCAUCCUCAAGCAGUGCCGUGGUGGCUCUGGCUUCUCUGGCAUCAACGACGUCACCAAGGCUGACGGUGGCGGCCAGGACAACUUCCAGCAGAGCUUCUUCCUCGCUGAGGCGCUCAAGUACUCUUACCUUAUCAACAUCGACGACCAGCCCGUCCAGGUUCGUGCUGAUGGCAACCAGUUCGUCUUCAACACUGAGGCCCAUCCUUUCAAGGUCCGCAAUGCUUAAAUGGAGCUGCGGUCGAAUCAGAAACAGAUAUAUGAAAACAAAAAACAAAGGCAGUACAUAAUGCAGUAGUUAUAUCAAUACGAAUAAUGAUUGGCCAUGAUUUAUCGUCAUCAAUUUAGCCAGCAACUUACGACUCUGAUGCCA